ACUUCUCAGGUGACCACUGCCAGCACCUGCCUCCUGCCCUCUCUGCUUACGCCCCAGCAUCCUCCACAGGCAGCCGCUUGCUGUGGGAUUCAGGUCACAUCCCUCCUUGAAGCCCUCCAGUGGCGUCCCACUCGCUCGGAAUACAGCACAAACGGUCCUGGUCCACGGGGCCCCACAGGGCUGGCCCGGGCCACCGCAUGUGUCCCCUGUCCCCUUUUGUGCACAGCAUGUCCCUGCCACACUUCUCUUUUCUCUGCCCCUCAACCUUUGUUCCUGUCUGUGCUUCUGCUCAGAACGAUUUUCCUCCUCUCUUUUCCCCAACUUGGAUUCAAUUCAGAUGAUCCCUCUUCAGAGAUGUCCUCCCACACCCUCAUAGAGAAAGUGCCCUAUUUUAUUUUUCCCAUAGCACUUACAAAUGAUCUCAGGUGUUUUGCUGUGCGUGUGCUUAUUGCUGGGAUUGCAGCCCCUAAAGAGCAAGAACUCUAUCUCGUUCGCUGCUGGGCCCCAGGGCCUGGAGAAGUAAGUGUGUAUUGAUGGGAGACUGAACGAGAUAGCCCUUCUAAAGGUGUAGAGUGAGUAUAGCAUGUUGGUAUGGAAAGAGCCAGAGCUUUGGAAUCCAGAAAAUUCUCAUGCUCACACUUGCUAACCGGAGUAGCAAGUUACUUAGCAACCCUGGGCCCCAGCUUCCUCUUUUAGAAGAGGUAAGAAUGACCGAAACAUGCCAGCUGCUCUGAGGACAGUGCUGGCCACACAGGAAGUACCUGGGUAGGUAGGUGGGUAGGUAGGUGGGUAGGCCGAGUGGACCUACCUGGUUCCCACUCCAGUGCCCUUUCUGUCGUCCUAGGAUGGCAUCGGUCAAACAUUGGGAUGGAUUGACAAACUAGGGUAAGGUGAGGGUGUGAAGGAAGAUUCUGGAGUCAUUGCAGCAUCGAGAGAGGCUCUGUGUUGUCCUUUUGAGGUGAUAAUGUAAGUGUGGUCACAGUGGCAGAGGUGAGCACCCCGCGUGCCACCCUAAGACCCCCUUCAGUGCCGGAGGACUGGGGAAGCUGGCACGCCUUGAGGCUGUGGCUGGUUUCUGGUGAGCAAGGAAACCUUCCUUUUAGCCAAGGUCAAGGCGUCCUCAGCUCUGCAGCCAGGCCCUCGCGUUGCUGCCUCUCCCUUUGAGCUGUAGAGGAUCAGGCCUCCCUGGUGCCUUGCUUCCCUAAACCAUGGCCCAGAGACCGCUGGACACUUAGACACUGGGCCAAGGGUGAGGUGGAGAAGCAGGGCCGAGCCAGGGAGGCAGGCAGAGCCUAGCUCUGGCCUGUGCACAAAGCUUUCAUUAUGCGGACGGCCAGUAGCGUCCAAACUGUAUUUACCCAACAUGGCAAGAGGGCGGGGAAGUUCCAUGCCAUGCAGACACAGGGGCUCCUCAGUUCUCAGAAGAAAGUCCCAUAGAAAUGGAAAAUAAACACCAGAGGUGGUUUUCCCCUGGCCCUGGCAAAGUCAGACGGUAACUGCGGGCAUGGUUUCCGAGCUAGCUGGCACAGCUGGAGAGGCGGCAGGACGGGCUUGCUGGGCAAGACCUGGGCCCUCGAGGACGGAGUAGAGGCCUGCAAUGUGUGAAGACAAGUGUGCACGAAAGCAGCACACGAAGGGAGACGAGGCCAGAAAACAGAUUUAAGAUGUGCAGAACGGCCCAAGAGGGAAAAGCAAGCGGAAGUCAAGGCAGUGCCCACGACGCAGAGAGUGGAUGCUGGUAGGGGAGGGACCCACAACGGGGUGUGGACCUCAGGGGUGAGUGGGGUGGCACUGACUCUGGGAGUGGGUGCCCAGGCCCUGACAGCAGCAGGCCGGAUUGAGUGGGCGGAGGGACAGCCAGCCUUAGAUGAGCACAGUGCACGUUCCAGGCUGUGUUGGGAAGGUACUUGUGGACAUCGCUGGAACAAAGAAAGAACAUUUCAUCUGGGGAGGCUGAGGGAUCCCAGGGAGGUCUGGGAGCAGGCAGGCACGCUGAAGUCCUCCUCAGAGCUAAGCAUGCAGUCGAGGUGACAGCGUGCCGGUGCCGAGGUGGCCUUUGGGCUGAGAGAAGGCUCUGGCCCAGGGCGGAGGUGGUGUGGAUUGAACCCGCUGGAGGAGGUUAGUGGUUGCACCUGCCAGAAUUGCGGGGCGGAAUCCAGGCAAAGCCUCGGACGGGCUGGGCCGCCAUCCCCAAGACCAUGCUUCUGCCGUUGCACCUGCGCAACCCAGUGGCUCGUAAUGUUGAGAUUUGUGUAGCGCUUUCACGGUUUUCAAACACGUUCACAAAUGGCGCUGCUUAACUGGUGUCCACUGAGGAUUAUGAGGAGUUGGAGUCCAGUGUUUCAUAGCCCAUCCUGUUUGGCUUCCCCUGUGUGACUCUGGCUAAGUUACUUGCUCUCUCUGGGCCUCCACGUGCCCGGUGGGGAGAAAGCAAUAAGCAAUCAGUCUUCCACAACACAGGGCGGGAAACGUCUGGGCCGAGGCUGUGGCGGGUGGAUGUGCCGGGCUUGAACGGCUCCGGAGUCCCGAGACAAAGGGAACCCAUGCUCCGGGCUCCAGAAAACACACCAGGACGUGGUGUAACCAACCUGGCUUUUGAGCCCUAAAUGCUUCCAUACGCCUCACGUCUCUCUCGCUUCUGAGCCCCUUGCCAAGCCCAGUUUUGAGACAGGGAAGUUAGGGAGGAGUUUUUCGUUCCUAUACAGCUCUAUUUUUAACUGGAAUAGAUCUUCCUGCACCCCCAGUGAUGGGCGCCUUGAAUCCGAGGUAAAGUGCACUGUCAGCGGGACCCGGGCAAUAAAUAGCAGCAGACGGAGAGACGGAUCUGCCACGUGGGCGGGAAGUUGGACAGAUGGACAGACCGAUCGGCCCACGCCUUUGCCAGCAACGGCUCAAUUAACCACGCGCUGACCCUAAAGCCCCUCUGUUGCUCCAAAGGGACAAGGGCCUCUCCUGAGGUGGCAAGUGGGAGGGUUAAACAGGUGCAAGUCCCGGGAGCCCUGCCCAGGGGGCGGUAGUCAGGGUGGGGCGCCGGGCCCCCUGGCUGUCCCCCAGCACUGUGGGGAAAUCUGGCAUCUCGAAUAGAGGCUGAAUCCUUUUAUGUCUUUAUGCAAAACCAGCAUUUGGCGUUUAGGCUGGAAUGGAGACGAGCUUGCAUUACAGUCGGCCGCAGGAAGGAGGAAAGGCUGGCAGAGCCCAACGCCAACGUGGACAACUCGGCGUCCCCUUCGGUGGCGCAGCUGGCCGGGCGGUUUCGGGAGCAGGCAGCUGCCGCCAAGGAGACACCAGCCAGUAAACCAACAAGAAGGAAACCGCCCUGUUCCCUCCCCCUGUUCCCCCCUAAGGUAGAGCUGGGCCAGAAUGGUGAGGAGAAAUCACCACCCAAUGCCAGCCACACUCCUAAAAUCAAGGUGAAGAGCUCGCCUCUGAUUGAGAAGCUUCAGGCCAAUUUAACCUUUGACCCAGCGGCUCUGCUGCCGGGGGCCUCACCCAAGAGUCCUGGACUCAAGGCCGUGGUGUCGCCGUUUCACAGCCCACCUUCCACCCCCAGCAGCCCAGGCGUGCGGUCGCGGCCCAGCGAGGCAGAGGAGGUGCCCGUCAGCUUCGACCAGCCGCCCGAAGGUAGCCACCUGCCCUGUUACAACAAGGUGCGGACGAGGGGCUCCAUCAAAAGGCGCCCCCCCUCCAGGAGGUUCCGAAGGUCUCAGUCGGACUGCGGGGACCUGGGGGAGUACCGGGGCUCGGGGUCAUCCCAGGAGAAUGGUGCGGCGGAGCAGAACGGGGAGGAGGUGUUCCCAGCCAAGAGCAAGGGCCCCGCAUCCCCCUCCGCCCGCGAGGGGGCAGCGGGAGAGGCAGCGCGGAGAAGCCCAGAACCCUCGGAAAAGCCCCCUCUGAGCAGGGCGUCCAGCAGGACAGAGGAGCCGGAGAAGGAUGGGGCCGCCGAGGAAGCCAAGCUCGGGGCCCAGGGGCAGGCCCCCGAGCCGCCCCAAACCUCCGGUCCCGAGGCGGAGAACGGGUGCGGGAGCCCCCGGGAGGAAAGUCCGGCUGGAGAGGAAACGCAGACCGGGAAGGCUACGGAGGUGGAGGAGGAGCGGGAGCAAAACGCAGAAGCCAGGCCCGCACACAAGAGCCAAGACACACAGAAGCCCGAGGAGGGAGCUGUGGGGGAGGGGACCCCCGAGAGUUCCCCUGGAGGAGUGGAGGGCGACGAUGUCCCCAAGCUGGAGGAGAAAGGCAAGGAGAAAGAAGAGGAGGGGGCGGUUCCCGAGCCAGGCUGCAGCCCCGGGACCGGCCAUGCCCAGCGGGAGACCGGCAGCGAGGUCCAGGGUGGGCGCACGUGCCCCAGCGUGGAGGUUGACACUCCUGUCCAGGACACUAAAAUGUGAAAAAGAGUUCCUUGUGCCCUCGUGAUGAAGCUGCUGGAGACAUCUCUUUGGAAGUAGCAGCAACAACAACAGUCGCAGCAGCAAACGAAGCCCUUGCAGGAGCAGACUGUGCGGAGCGUCUGGAGUGAGGCUGGAGACCCAGGCCGGGUUAUUUCCUGACCUCCACACCGAAUGCUCCCUCACACGUGGGGAGACUGGAUCUGAGGGCAGCAGACUUUUAUCAGCUUGAGUUUAUGUCAUUUGAUGGGAUGGGUUUAAAAAAGAAGCUUAUUUAAAACAAUGUACUGUGGUGACAACUGUCCAGGGGACAGUGGGCAGCCCGUGGAGCCCUGGCUACUGUCCACACCCACCAGUCCCUGCAGCCGACCUCCAAACUGAGCUCAGAUUUAGCUUAUCACAUUUUGCUUGUGUAAAGUUACGGCCUUUUUACUGUUCUGAAGUUUUUAUGGUUCUAAAACGUAAGUAAAAACUAAUUUUAGGUGGUCAGAAACAAACGAAAAUCGCAUUGCUGAAAAUAUAAAUCCGAUAAGUUACAAGAGACCUUAAAUUUUCAUCAAGGCCCUGGAGACAACUUUUUGGCUUGGUCCAAAUUUGAACUGGCCAACCAAUUUUUAAAACAUUGGACUAGAAGAGAUAAUUAUUGGACCAUUUUCAAAAGUGUCUGUUCCACCAACAGGAGCAUUUCCGGUCCUGUGGUUUUCUAGGUGAUGACCACCACGGGUGGUCGCUGGCCCAGCUCGCUCCCUCCGCCACCCUCGAGGAGACCGGAAGGGCCCAUGACAAUGUCAGGAGGUUUCAUGGUCUGCGCUGCAUCUCCUCAUCCUAAAAGCUGAGCAGUGAGGCCUGAACAAUGCUGGCUCCCUGACUUGUCCUGCGAGGAUAAAUUUUGCACUUCCAGAAGGUUACCCUUGAGCAUGAUUAGCUGUUUCCUGGAAGGUGCCUUAAGUGCUGUGAUGUGCAAGCUACAUAAUGAAAACGUUUUUCCUAGCGAGUUGAGGUCUGUAGUCUGUUCUUACUGGGUUGCUCUUGCUGUAAUAUUCUGUUUUGGGAGCAUAGGCUGUUUUGCAAGGGACGGGGGCUGCCUGCCUAGUCCUUAACUUACUCCUCUGCCCUCUUCAUGCCCUCCUGCUGAAAGAUGUUACUCAAAAUACAUGUUUAAUCUUUAAGGUUGGCCCUUAUUCUGAUUUCAGUAUGUCAGUGUUUCAAUGUGCUGAUUUGGUGGUUGGAGCAAUUGUUUUUCUGUAGGUCUGCUAGACCACAUCCUACCCUGACUUCAGAAAACAGUCUCUCAGACAAAAAGGCCUUAUGUCACCACUCGUACCUCAAUUUUCUUGUCUCAUUUACAGUUUUUCUAACUCCAGGAUAGUGUUAAUAUUUGGGAUACAGUUUUUUUCAAAACUAUUUUUAAAUAGUUUGUAACUUGUAACAAACUUGUAGCCUGGUUGAGACCGAUACUAUCAUAGUUAUCAUAAACUUUGGAUUUUAGCAGAUUUUGGGUGGUAUUUGUGUGCGAGUUAUUUUGAGAUCUAUAUACUGUCAAUCGUCUAUCUGCCUAUAGAGAAGUCUACCCCUUAAACAAUAUAUGGUUUUAUUUAUAUAUGUCUCGGAGUUGUUUAUACACACACACAUAUCUGGGCAAGUGCUUUGUGAAUAUGUACGUGAUUACGAGUAUGUGAUAGAAGGGGUCACAUUCCCUUACUUGAGAAAGGCAUGGAAAGUGUGGGAUAUAGAUAUGAAAAUAACACUUUAUUUUGCUUCUGGAGGGUCUAAACAUCAUAGUAGCAGAUGAGAAAGGAGCAAUCAAAAUGACAAGAAUGUGACAUUGCAGGAACAUCCUCAUUGGUGUCAAAAUACCUUUCUAUCCACCCAGUUCUAGUAGUCACCUUAUUUGGUCAAUUUUGUAAAAAAAUAGAUGCCCCAUUGCCAGGAGUUCUUAAUUAAUGAGGGGGGCUCUUGGCAGGGAAUCUGUGGGGUGCAGGGACUGAUUUUUGUUGGUGCUGUAGCCCUUUUGCUGACAGCUGUCUUUUCCUGAAGCAACCAUGGGUAGGCAUUGCACUUGCACAGUUGAUACUGGGAUUUCUACAUUUGGGAUUAAAGAAAUUCAUUGGUGUCUUAGGUAGCACAAAGUCAUUACCAGGCCAGGAAGACUUUGUUUCUUUCAGGCUUCCUUAAAAGAUGCCAGGCAAGCAAAAACAACAGCUGUUCCCUACAGGGCAAAACCUAAAAUGCCAAAUUGCUAUUGCAUUGUUUGCUUCAAAAUUAAAUUUUGUUUGACCUCGA